AUGGGUGUCUGUUCUUCCUGUCUCGGACUCAGUCGCCGAGAUAGCCACGACUCCGAGUCUUCGCGCCUUCUAGACGAUGACAUCUACCAGUCAGGAUAUGGCUAUGGAGCGCUCAACCAUGCGAACCAGCUCACCAACCCGGACCCGGAGAACAUAAAGCGCGAACGGGAGGCUCUCGAAGCCAUCUGCCAACGAACAUCAGACUCCGUCAUCGACAUCUGGUCCCUCCAGCCACAACCCCAUCUCCAACCGAGAGCGACACUCCAUGGCUCCGUCGCCUCAAAAGCGGGCUCGAGCUCCGACGUCCCCGUGAAAGUCAUCACGGCCGAUCCUUCUGAGUCCCCGAAGUCGAGUAAAUCCGGCGACGGCGCGGUCCCCAAGCAUUGGGGCGAGGUGGUCAUCAAUCCGAAUAAGGGAAAGAAGGCUCGCCCAGGGUUGAACACAGAUGAGGGGAACGGGCGAGACGUCUUUGGUGUCUUGAAGGUUACGUGA